AUGGUCGGAAGGAGCCAGGCUGACAGCCCUCCGCCGGUAGGUGCGCGCUUACUGGCCUUAGCGAGGGUGGACAGCGGCAGUUCAUUCCGCCGUGCGUCAACCGAUCUUUCCUGUAUCCGCCACAACCCUAGAGACAACCAGUGCAGCUCCACCCUCAGCAAGCACAUCAAAGCCCCGAUCCAUCUCGUUUGGUCUUUGGUGAGGAGAUUCGAUCAGCCGCAGAAGUACAAGCCUUUUGUGAGUAGGUGCGUUGUUCAGGGGGACCUCGAGAUUGGGAGUGUGAGAGAGGUGAAUGUUAAGUCUGGCUUGCCGGCGACUACGAGCACCGAAAGAUUGGAGCUUUUGGAUGAUAAUGAGCAUAUUCUUAGUAUCAAGAUCGUUGGUGGAGAUCACAGGCUCAAGAACUAUUCAUCAAUCAUAACCUUACACCCCGAAUGCAUUGAUGGGCGACCAGGCACGCUGGUGAUCGAAUCGUUCGUGGUGGAUGUCCCCGAUGGCAACACCAAGGACGAGACGUGCUUCUUCGUCGAAGCCCUCAUCAAAUGCAACCUCAAGUCUCUCGCCGACGUAUCAGAGCGCCUCGCUGUCCAAGACCGAACUGAGCCAAUCGACCGAUAAUGGCACAAUUGUUCAGAUACUUGUAAUACCCAAAACCCCUUUCUAGGGUUUCUGGCUACUACAAUGAGUUUUAGCUUCUUCCCAUGCUUUUAUUUGCUCGCCUAUUUCAGGAAAUGGUUGAUCAUGGGCUUCGUUUUUUUUCUUUUCAUUUCGUCGAGUGCCUUGCUAGUCAAUCCUAUUCUCUAUAGACAGGCUUCUUCACUCUUUCUAUGAUAUUUGUGUGUAAAUACCUAAUUUUAUCAAAGAGUUGAUACAGGAGAGAUAAGGUUCUUCCGUGCGAUUUGCUUUUGAUUUGUUGAUGCAUUUGUUGUAUAUGUAUAUAUUAAUUUGACCAUCAUUUCU